GUUGAUGUUCAGUGUGUAUUUCACUGAUGUUCUUCUCACAGUGGACCAGUUUAUUUCAGCAGGAGCUGGAGACAGAGGCUCAGUCACUAGUCUUCGUCAAACGCAUGGUGGUUGUAGCAGUAUCCUCCAUCACCUAUCUGCGUGGGAUAUUUCCAGAGGACUCCUACAGAUCCAGAUACCUGGAAGAUUUGUGCAUCAAAGUUCUUAGAGAGGACUGUUCAUGCCCUGGAGCCUGCAAGCUCAUUAAAUGGCUGAUGGGAUGUUUCGAUGCUUUGGAGAAGAGAUAUCUACAAAUUGUGCUUAUUGGGGUGCACACAAAACCAGAUGACAGCAAUCAUGUCAUUGAGUCCUAUCAGUUUAAGUUCAGGUACACAGAGCAGGGACCGCAGAUGGACAUCUUGAGGAAUGAGAAUGUGGAAGUGAGAGUGACCAUGAUGGACACUAAGAACGCUUCAACCCUCCUGAUUAGGAAGCUGUUCCUCCUCAUGCAGAAUCUGGAGGCUCUGCCAAAUGCUGUUUACCUCAGUAUGAAACUCUACUACAAUGAUGAUGUCACUCCCCCUGAAUAUGAACCACCAGGAUUUAAGGCAGGUGUAUAUGACAGUCUGUGGUUCGAGGGAACUGCAGUGCACUUUAGAGUGGGUGAUCUACAGUCUCGCUUCCACACCAUGAAGCUGCGUGUGGCGGCAGCACAGAGUCGUCUAGGAAAGCUACAGGAGGGUGGCCGACUAAGUGAGAAUGAAGGGGUGAAGGAAACACACACUCACUUGAAAGUCAGAGCAGCAGAAAAGGUGACCAGAGACUGCUUUGAUCAGGAUCUGCCAUCUGAGGAUGAGUCCGCCGCACAGUUUAAGCUUCCCAAAAAAGCUAUCACAAAGAGGAAAACUGUGGGGAGCAAACUGACAAGGAGGAAAAAGAAGAAAUCCCUUUAAAAAUUAUAAUCAGUUGAUAAUACAUUUAUUUAGAGAAGAAACUGUAAGAGUUUAUGCCAAUGUUUAAAAAUCUAAUGGUAGUAUACGUUUUGCAUAUGUUUUGACCGAGUGAUUAGUUCUUUCUCAUAUUUUGGGAGAAUUUUUGAAGAUCUCGAGUUGGUAUUUGUAAAGAAUGUUUGAAACGUCCCUUUUUCUUCACUUCAAUGUACAAACAAUAUUGCAAAAUGCAUAACACAUUAGCUGUUCAUUUCAGGUCAGAGU